UCAGAAGAUGUCAGUGUGGAGACCGUGAGACAGGGAACUCUUCUUCUGAACACUAUGGAGAAAGACUCUGUCUCUAAAAGGAGUCUCUCUGAGGGAGGUGGAAAGGAGAUGGCCUCUUUUGUGGAGGGGGGCACACCUCCCAAAAGGAAGCGUGUUGGGGACAGUGAGGAUGACGUUGGUCGUCCUGAGAGGUCUCAGAGACCAGGAUCUCCUGCACACAGCCUUCUGUCCAGGAGGAGUACACACUCCAUGUUCAAACCUCCAAACCUGACUGCAGAAGCAGACCCUCCUGGGCUGGGAUCUCAGCCACAGAGACCAGUGUCUCCAGUGCCCAGCUGUGUGUCUAUGGCGAGUGACCAGUCCAUUUUCAAACCCCCGAACUUCAGCGCGGAAACAAGGGCCUCUGACCUAAUGUGGAGUGCAGGUCUGACUCAGGAUCAGUCCAGAUGUGGUCUGUGUCAGCAGGCUCUGAGAGAUCCAGUCUCUACCAGCUGUGGACACAGUUUCUGCAGACAGUGUAUCAGCACAUACUGGGACCAGUCUGAUCCAUUAGGAGACUAUGUCUGUCCCCAGUGCAGAAAGAGAUCCAGAACACGUCCUGUUCUACAGCAACCCAAAGUCUCUGACUCCACAUCAGAUGAUGUUGUGCUGAGAACUAUUGUAGGUCAUAAAUCCAUCCAGAAAAAGAAGUGUGAAUACUUAUUUGAGGGAAACACACUACGAGGAGAUCAAACCCCCCUCAACAGGAUUUACACAGAGCUCUACAUCAUAGAGGGAGAAAGUGAGGGAGUGAAUGAAGAACAUGAAGUUUUACAGAUGGAGACAAAAUCCAGGACACAGAGCUCACAAGACAUAUCAGUUAACUGCAAUGACAUCUUCAAACCCUUGACCACUCAGGAACCAAGAGAAAAAUCAAAGGGAGAAGAAAUCAGAACUGUGCUCACCAAAGGCAUCGCUGGCAUUGGAAAAACAGUCUCUGUGCAAAAGUUUAUUCUGGACUGGGCAGAGGGAACAACCAAUCAGCACAUUGAUUUCAUGUUUGCACUACCUCUUCGAGAGUUGAACCUGCUUAAAGAUCGCCAAUACAGUCUUCAUGGACUCCUGCAGGAGUUUUAUCCAGAGCUUAAAGACUUGGAUCCAAAGAAAUUUGAUGAUUGUCAAAUGCUGUUUGUCUUUGAUGGCUUAGAUGAGAGUCGACUUCAGUUGAAUUUUUCUGAGAAGUUGUGUGAUGUGACCACAUCAUCAUCAGUGAAUAUACUAAUAUCAAACCUUAUUCAAGGAAAUCUUCUUCCCUCUGCUCUCGUCUGGACAACCUCCAGACCAGCAGCAGCCAAUAAGAUCCCCUCUCACUUCAUCAGUCGUGUAACAGAAAUAGUAGGAUUCAAUGAUUCACAGAAAGAGGAAUACCUCAGAAAAAGAAUCAGUGAUGAGAUUCAAGCCAACAGAAUCAUCUCACACAUCAAGACAUCAAGGAGCCUCCACAUCAUGUGUCACAUCCCAGUGUUCUGUUGGAUUUCAGCCACUGUGCUUCAGGAAAUGCUGCGUCAAAAUUGUAAAAUGAUCCCUACGACUCUGACCGAAAUGUAUGUACAUUUCUUACUCAUUCAGACAAAACUGAAAAGCCAGAAGUAUGAAGACAGUGUUGAGACUGACCCACAACGGCUUCUGGAGAUGAACAGGACGAUCUUUCUGAAGAUUGCUGAGCUGGCUUUCAAACAGUUACUUGGGGGCAAUGUAAUGUUUUAUGAAGAAGAUCUGCAAAAAUGUGGCAUUGAUGUCCGUGACGCGACUCUGUUUUCUGGGAUUUGCACUGAGAUCUUUAAAGAAGAAGCUGUGCUUUAUCUAAGGAAGAAGGUCUACUGCUUUGUGCAUCUGAGUGUUCAAGAGUUCUUUGCUGCUCUCUAUGUGUUUUACUGCUAUAUAAACAAGAACAUGGAGGGACUGACAGAUUUCCUUCAGGACAAAGCCAGAACGUGGCCACUUGAACACUAUGUCCAGCUAAAGAAUGUUCCCUUGCAUAUGUUGCUGAACAGUGCUGUGGAUAAAGCCUUACAGAGUAACAACGGACACUUAGAUCUGCUUGUCAGAUUCCUUCAUGGAAUCUCCCUAGAGUCCAACCAGAAACUCCUGGAGGGUCUACUAAUGUACACAGAGAGUAACCCAGAGAGCAUCAAGAAAGCAAGUCGUUAUAUUAAGGGGCUGGAGAGAGAGAUUGCCCACCCAGAGAGAUGGAUCAAUCUGCUACACUGCCUGACUGAAAUGAGGGACAACUCCGUUCAUGAGGAAGUUCACGCACUUCUGAAAUCAAAGAAGUUUACAACCGAACUCUCACUCCUACACUGCACAGCACUGGUCCACAUGCUUCUGAUGUCAGAGGAGGUGCUGGAGGAGCUGAACCUGAAAAAAUAUAACACAUCAGAUGAGGGUCGUAGGAGACUCGUCCCGGCCGUGAGGUGCUGCAGAAAAGCCCUACUUGCUGGGUGUCAGCUCACUAAGCAGUGUUGUGAAACUGUAGCAUCAGUUCUCAAGUCAGAAAAUUCACCAUUGAUAGUAUUGAAUGUGAGUGACAAUGACCUUCAGGAUUCAGGAGUGAAGAUGCUCUCAGCUGGUCUUGAAAAUCCACACUGUAAACUGGAGAUACUGAGACUUGCUGGUUGUAAACUCACUGUUCAGUCCUGUGAAGCUGUAGCCUCAGUUCUACAGUCAGUAAACUGUCCCCUGAGAGAACUGGACCUGAGUAACAAUGACCUUCAGGAUUCAGGAGUGAAGCUGCUCUGCUCUGGGCUGAAGAAUCCACACUGUAAACUGGAGAUACUGAGGUUAUCUGGCUGUUUAGUGACAGAGGAAGGCUGUUCUUCUCUGGCUUCAGCUCUGAGUUCAAACCCCUCACACCUGAGAGAACUGGAUCUGAGCUACAAUCACCCAGGAGACUCAGGAACGAAGCUGCUCUCUGCUAAACUGGAGGAUCCACACUGUAAACUGAAGGCACUAAAUCUGUCUCAUGGUGGAGAGUUCAGGAUCACCACAAGACUCAGAAAAUAUGCCUGUGAACUCACACUGGACCCAAACACAGCACACACACACCUCUCUCUGUCUGAGGGGAACAGAAAGGUGACAUGGAUGAGAGAGAAACAGUCGUAUCCUGAUCAUCCGGAGAGAUUUGAGGUUUGGCCUCAGAUUCUGUGUGGAGAGGCUCUGAGCGGGCGUUGUUACUGGGAGACUGAGUGGAGCGGAGAUGCUGUUGUCAUAGGAGUGACAUACGAAGGGAUCAGGAGGAAAGGAGCCAAUGAGAGCUGUGGACUUGGACGCAAUGACAAGUCCUGGAACCUGCACUGCUCUGAAAAUGUUUACUCUGCCUGGCACAAUAACCACAGCACUGACAUACCUGCACCCAUUUCACAAUCCCACAGAGUGGGGGUGUAUCUGGACUGGCCGGCUGGGACUCUGUCCUUCUACAGCAUCUCCUCUGACACACACACACUCACACACAUACACACAUUUCAUUGCACAUUCACCGAGCCCCUCUGUGCAGGGUUUAGGGUCUGGGGCGCAGUUUCACUAUGCUGAAUAAGAAAUGAAAAUCUCACUCACUGUGUUAGGGUCUGGUGGAGAGAAAAACAGAAGAAUAGCAUCUUUAACUCCAUUUCAACUACAACACAGGACGUAUUAACAUAUGUGUAGCUUUAUGUUCAUAUUCAAUGACAUCCUUCUUUACUUUACAGAAAUUGCAACACUAUGAAAGAAACGCAGAUGUUCUAAAUCAACUAAACAAUCAAACUGUACUUCUCCUGUUUAUCAUCCUGCUGUUCCUCUUUUAGGCUUUAGUCCUGCCUGGGACCCUGUUCUCCUGUUCUCACUCAGA